UGAAUGUCUCGGGGGUGAUAGUGCAAAAGCAAGCAACUUUUUUUUUGUCCAAAAGGUGCAUCUUGUUGGCGCAGCCUGAACAAUUUUCUGUCGAGGAAGGAAAGUGUCCUCCGCAUAUCGGGGUGUAGUGAAUCCUUUUGCAAAACUGUUCCCGUAUGUUGUGCCGCUGGGAUUGAUUGAUUGUGUUUUGCGUGCUUGUUUGUGCGUGUUACUAUCCCCGCGAACCAUAUUCUGCCAAGUGCCUUCGACGUAGCUCGACGGAAUCCAAAACAAUUUGCGCUGCUGCAAACAAUCUUUGUCAUCGGGUGUCACCGCCAGUGCCAGGUGGGGCGAAUACGCUACAGCAGCAGGAAAUUGAACAUAAGCAAACGAGCUAAUAAAGGUGGUCAGUGCGUCGAGUGUAUUACCAGCGAAAAAAAAGAAUAGAAACAGCUGCAAAAUGUUAGCCCUUCUGAACCGCAUCCUGGACUGGUUUAAAAGUCUCUUCUGGAAGGAAGAGAUGGAGCUAACGCUCGUCGGUUUGCAGUAUUCCGGCAAGACAACCUUUGUCAACGUAAUCGCCUCAGGACAGUUCUGUGAGGACAUGAUUCCAACCGUUGGUUUCAACAUGCGAAAAGUCACGAAGGGAAACGUCACGAUUAAGGUGUGGGAUAUCGGUGGCCAACCACGCUUCCGGUCCAUGUGGGAACGGUACUGCCGGGGUGUGAACGCAAUUGUGUACAUGGUAGAUGCAGCGGAUUUGGAUAAAAUGGAAGCAUCGCGUAAUGAAUUGCACUCGCUGCUCGAUAAACCGCAGCUAGCCGGCAUUCCUGUGUUAGUGCUUGGUAACAAACGGGACAUACCGGGUGCACUGGAGGAAACUGGACUAAUCGAUAGAAUGAAUUUAUCUAGCAUACAGGAUCGGGAGAUCUGCUGUUAUAGUAUUUCUUGCAAAGAAAAGGAUAACAUCGACAUCACUUUGCAGUGGUUAAUUGCCCACUCGAAGAGCCAAAGUCGUUAAACCGUGGUACUAGAAUCAAAAUAAGCUCUAUAGUGUAUGUGCGUGAGUGUGUAUGUGCUGUUAGGUCAUCCCUGGGGGUCAACAGCUGGCCGUAAUAACCUGAAAAACGGAAAACACUAAUCCAACCAACAAAGAUAAAAAUCUCAUAUUGUACGGUCGACGGUGGUCCGUCUUAACUGAUAACAGCUAAUAGUAAUAUGCUGCAGAAGAGCAGCGAAAACGAAUUACCAGGUGGAUUGGGUGGAAACGCGUGGAACAAGAUCAAUCAUUAGCAACUCGUGUACUCGUGUGGACGAACCGUAGCGAGAUGAUGGGAGGUAAGCGUAUGCAAUUCUGUUUUCAAAAUAUUGGCCACUACAGUGUUGUGGCAUUAUGCUGAUGUAAAAAUUUAAGAUAGCAAGCAGCGCAAAUUCCUCUCCAAGGACAUGAUGCACUAGAUUUGUAUUAGCAGUACAGAUGAUGGUGAUGUAAAGUACUGCUGUUCGCAUUUGCCAGACGCCUAAAACUAGUAAUCGUAGCAAUUGCCCUAAACCAUCACCAGCGCAAGAACAAAGCGAUUUUGCUAAGGCUAAUGAAAGUCCACUAGAAAAUCCCGACGCCUAGACAAAGAAAAAACAAACAAAAUAACAGAAAAGCGAACCUGCUGCGAUAACAUUGAUAGUCAGACAGUAGUUCAGGAAUAAAUUUAGUGCAGCAUUGUUAUCGUUAGGCUGUUGCACGCAAAUCAUCAGAAGUGAUCGACACUACAUUACAGAUUUCGUCGGUGCAACUAAGACGGUGGUACUGCAAUGUAGAUUCGAUCACGAUGAACAGAUUCGCCACUUCCCGAGGUUGUUAAUCGAUUUCAAGUUCGCUUCAGAAUCUAUUGGGUUUUCUAGGCAAAAGUGCAACCGGAAAAGGGAAAAAAUGGUUCCAAAACAAGAGUUUCACCGUGCUAGAGUUAAGUGGAAAGUUACUGAAAUGUUACAUUGAAUUAAUUAGCAGCGUAUGCCAGUUCUUUUUAAUGCGACCCUAGUAGCAGUUCACCGUAUAAAUACCUACGCAAAGCAGUGAGGCAACAGUAUGAAAAUGAAGCAUGAUCGAGUGAGAUGCGUGCGUGUGUGUGUAUGCGAGAAUCAUAACGAAUGAAUGGGAUUAAGCAAUCUGCUAGAGAAAUAUGUUUCGUUUGAUAAUAGAUAAAGCGAAACGCGAUAAAUUAGCUAACCAAAAUAAUCGCAACAAAAUUUAUCUUACGUUAUCAAUUAAAACUGGGUUUUCAGUGUGCAGAAAAUGAUUGGUGUAUAGUUUCGACUACUUCUCGUCUCUGCCUCGAAGUGAACAAACGAAACGAAAGGACUAUAGUUUUGUUUCUAUCUUUUUUUUUGAAUUAUACUUCUAAGACUAGGCAUAAUUGAGUUGAGCGUCGAUUGCUUUCGGUUAUUGUUUUUUGUUCUUCCAAAUUUUAAAAGAUUUUUUUGCAACGCAACCAUUUUUUAAAUCGUGUCCAUGUCAUGAUGUACGAUACGUGUAAUUUCUGUUGUUCCAACUCUUGUGAUUUUUAUAUAUAUAAUUUUGUUUACCUUUCAACUAGAAUACAUUAUAUUACCGUGAAGCUAUACUAUCUACCCAAAAACGAUAAGACACAAAACACGAUUUGCUGAGUUUGUCGUGAUAGUGGAUUUACAAAUGCAAGUGUUGCGCAAAACCCCCCGGCACGCAAAGAAAUCCAGUACCGAAUUCAAAAAAAGUAAUAUAAACUUUAACAAAGAAGCAGUUAGAUAGUAGCGAUUUGAAAUAAAAAAAAACGAGAAAACACACUGGUUAAGACAAGAACGGUUAAGAAGCGUGCAAGAUGUGGUGCGCGUUCGUAACAGCAAAGGCAAAAGUAAAUCAACAUUCAACAGUGCAGAGAGGGCGGAAUGUAGUAACUAUCUUGAUACCAAUAAUAACAACCAAUAGAAGUUGAAGUGUAUAUAUUGACAAGCAUAAAAUUAUAACGCAAAAACAUAUAUUAAAAAAAUAAAUCAAACAAAGAGGAAAAUUA